AGGUGUGCCGCCACAUAGCCGAGACGAACGGUGUGAGGCCUGAGGACGUGGGGAUCAAGCCCGGCGUGAGGCUGGUCCUCGGGAGCGAGACGCAGCGCCUGCUACCCUCCCCGCAGGACGAUGAGGGGUGCAGGUACAUGCCGAACAUCGCGCGCCUGUGGAGCAAAAGUCUCUGGCGCACGAGUCUGGCCUGCUCGCUCUACGUCGGCGGGCUGGGCUUCGCAGGCUACGGCGCCACGACGUUCAUGCCAACGUUCUUGGAGGACAAGGGGCUCGUGGGGCCGAGCAUGUACCAGACGAUGACGCUCAACGCCCUGUCGCAGUUCCCUGGCAUCGGCAUCGCGAUGUGGGUCACCGCGCGGCACGGCCGGAGGCUGCCGCUGCAGCUCGCCCUCCUGUGCAUCGCCCUGUCCCUGGCCGUGUUCGCCUUCGCGCAGACGUACGUGCUGAUCAUCGCGUGCACGUGCCUCGCCUCCUGCAGCCUGGAGUUUGGGUGGGCGCUGUUCCACGUCUACUCCCCGGAGGUCUUCCCCACGGAGCUCCGCGCCACCGCGCUCGGCUUCAUCUCGGCCACGGGCUCCGUGGUCUCCAUGUCGGCCCCCCUCGCCGCGGCCUUCCUCAUCACGGAGACCACGGCGCUGCACGUGAUCAUGCUCUUCUCCACCAUCUGCGCCGCCGUCUGCUGCACCACGGGCGCGCUCUUCCACAAGGAGACUAUGGACCAGGACCUCCCCGACCGCGCCUCGCAGAUCUCGCCGCGGCCAGGCACCCUCAAGGAGAAGGGCGACGCCGAGGAGCGCAGGGCGCGCUGAGGCGCGCGGGCGAGGGCGCGGGCGCGCGUCUCGGCCCGGCUGCUGGGGCGAGCGCGCGGGCCGCUCGGCGGUGGCGCUGUGGACCCCCCGCGACCCGCCGAGCGGCAAUUGCCCCGCUCGGCCUGCCUUCCGUACACUUAUUCGAACGACAGAUGUUUUUGUUUCCCCCAAGCAGCAUGUGUCCGCCGACUGUGUACCGGACCGCGAUUAUGCAACUCUGUCUACAGCCCUUAGGGUGCGCCAUAAGUUGCGCCAGUCAUUUUGCUCCCCACGGCAUUCCGCAUAUCCCUCGCGAUGCGCAUUCGAGCAUUGCGUCAUUCGCUGCUAUGGAAAC